UAACUCCGUUUUUUCCUCCCUCUCUCUUUCCCUAUUCUCUCACGUCUCAUAUAUUUCCUCCUCUGUCUCUCGUCGUCACCUUCAACCAUUCACCUUCUAAAAUGGGGAGAUCACCUUGUUGCGAAAAGAAUGGCCUCAAGAAAGGACCAUGGACCACUGAGGAGGAUCAGAAACUCCUUGAUUACAUUCAGAAACAUGGAUAUGGCAACUGGAGGACACUCCCAAAGAAUGCUGGGUUGCAGAGAUGUGGAAAGAGUUGCCGUCUUCGUUGGACAAACUAUCUCCGACCAGACAUAAAGCGAGGUCGGUUUUCGUUUGAGGAGGAAGAGACCAUAAUUCAGCUACAUAGCAUUCUUGGCAACAAGUGGUCUGCAAUUGCUUCUCGCUUACCCGGAAGAACAGACAAUGAAAUCAAGAACUAUUGGAACACACACAUUAGAAAAAGGCUUCUGAGGAUGGGAAUCGACCCUGUCACACACAGUCCUCGACUUGAUCUAUUGGACAUCUCUUCCAUUCUAAACGCAUCUUUCUAUGGUUCAUCACAAAUGCUCCUUGGCAUGCAGCCUUCUAUGGUGAACCCCGAGCUUUUAAGGUUGGCUUCUUCACUCUUCUCCUCCUCACAGCAACACAAACACCUUGAAAUCUGUGCUCCAAAGGGUCAACAGAACCAGCUUUGCGAUCCACAGGUUCAGAAUCAUGUUCCACACUUGGCACAAUUUCAAGAUCCAGUUCAAGAGGUGCCUGCAUGCAGCACCCCCGUGUUCGGCACCCCUCGUGUUUCAUUGCCUCUCUCUCAACCACAGUUGGUUGAGCCCCAUAAUGUGGACCCGUAUCCAUCAUCAAGUUUCACAGACUUCACUUACCAACAACAUUCCCAUGAUGAUCAGAUAAUAAGUGAUUGGCACAAAGAUGGGGUUGCUUUAAGCACUUUAACAGAUGACUAUGUCCCUCAGUUAUCAGGCUAUAAUUAUUAUAGUUCUGAUGCUCAAGAUCUCGUGUAUCCUCCCUUGUCCGAACCUUCAACUUUCCAUUCCAAUAACAGCAAUCAGAACUUCAGCUUCGCUUCAGUUCUAUCCACGCCUUCGUCAAGCCCCACACCCUUGAACUCAAACUCCACGAUAAUCAACGGGAGCAACACAGAAGACGAGAGAGACCAGAGCUAUGACAGUAGCAGCAUGUUGAAAUUUGAAAUCCCAGAUAUUUUAGAUGUGAAUGAGUUCAUGUAAUGUGAUCAGAUACACAGAUCAUCAACGAUUAAUUAAAUCAGCCAAAAAGUCGAUUGAUUUUA